CCUUCACACCCUCCGUCACUCCCCUCUCUUCCCGUCCUUCCUUUUCCAUUCCAUUUCCCUCCCAAACUCACCCCCCAAAAUCUCUACUAGGGUUUGCUCCUCUCAAGUCUCAAGCCGGCGAGGCCCCGAUGGAGGAGACGCUCGCCUCCCUGCGCCGCCCGAAGCGCGGGCGCCCGCCGCGGCCGCGGGAGGAGGACCACGCGGAGUUCGAAGAGGAGGCCGAGGCGGAAGGGCUUGCGCCGCCCCAAUCCAAGCGGAAGCGCGCGGCCUCCGCCGCCGCGGCGGCGGCGCUUGAGGACCAGCCACUCAUCGAUAUUAUCAAACAUAAUGGCAGGCUGAUAAGCCAUGCUGUCAAAAAGUUGGUCGAGGAUUAUGAAUCAAAGAAAAAUUCUGUGACAUUUCAAAUAUUGACUAUGCUGUUUGAGGCUUGUGGUGCCAAGCAUGAGAUUUAUCCAGACUACCUUCAUGAGUCAGAUGUGGAUGAAGUUGUUUUCUCCCUUGUUGAGCUAGCUAGAAAAGGUCUGGUGGAAGAUAAUUACAACUCAAAACAGAAGGAACUUAAGAACUUCAAAGAGAACCUGGCUUCUUUUUGGGAUAACUUGGUCCUUGAGUGUCAGAAUGGCCCAUUGUUUGAUAAUACCUUAUUCCAAAAAAUAAAGGAUUAUGUGGUUGCUUUGUCGUGUACUCCUCCAAGGGUGUAUCGUCAAACAGCUUCAUUAAUUGGGCUCCAGCUUGUAACAUCAUUCAUAUCUGUUGCUAAGACUCUCAGUGGACAACGUGAGACCACUCAAAGACAGUUGAAUGCAGAGAAGAAGAAGCAGAGUGAUGGACCACUUGUUGGAUCUCUCAACAAAAGAUUAGCUCUUACUCAUGAAAACAUUACUUACUUGGAGGAAUUGAUGCGGAAGAUAUUCAGUGGGUUGUUCAUGCACCGUUAUCGUGAUGUUGAACCUGAGAUCCGGAUGUCAUGCAUCAAAUCUCUUGGUAUUUGGGUUGUCUCAUAUCCAUCACUUUUCUUGCAAGAUAUUUAUCUGAAGUAUCUUGGAUGGACACUAAAUGACAAAGAUGCUGGAGUUAGAAGAACUUCUGUUCUUGCCUUGCAAAGUCUAUAUGAAGUGGAUGACAACAUACCUUCUCUAGGUCUCUUUACUGAGAGGUUUUACAGAAGGAUGAUCAACCUUGCUGAUGAUAUUGAUAUUUCUGUAGCUGUGUCAGCUAUAGGACUCAUCAAGCAAUUACUGAGGCAUCAACUGUUGAGUGACGACGAUUUGGGUCCACUAUAUGAUUUGCUAAUUGAUGAGCCUCCAAUGAUUAGGCGUGCAAUAGGAGAAUUAGUUUAUGAUCAUCUAAUAGCACAAAACAUCAAGACCUCUCAUCCCGGAGCUAGAGACGAGGAUGAAUCCUCUGAGGUUCACAUUGGUCGAAUGCUGCAAAUCCUAAGGGAAUUUACGGAUGACCCAGUCCUCAGUUCUUACGUCAUUGAUGAUAUUUGGGAUGACAUGAAGGCCAUGAAGGACUGGAGGUGUAUGGUCUCCAUGCUUCUGGAUGAAAAUCCGGCGAUCGAGCUUACUGACAUGGAUGGAACAAAUCUAGUUUGUAUGCUGCGAGCCUCUGCGAAGAAGGCUGUCGGGGAAAGAAUAGUUCCUGCAAUGGACAACAGGAAGCUGUACUACAAUAAAACCCAAAAGGAAGUACUGGAAAAUAGUAAACGUGAAAUAACAACUGCCUUGCUGACGAGGUAUCCACAGCUUCUAAGAAAAUACAUGUCUGACAAAGCUAAGAUAUCACCCCUAGUUGAUAUGAUGAUUCUUUUGAAACUUGAGAUGUACUCAUACAAAAGACAAGAGAAGCAUUUCAAGGCUGCCAUAGAUCUCAUCUUUGAUGUCUUCUUCAAACAUGGUGAGAAGGAUACCCUGAGAUCUUGCAUCAAGGCAAUUACUUUCUGUUGCACUGAGUGCCAGGCUGAUCUUAAAGAUUAUGCUGAAAAUAAACUUAAGAAUCUUGAGGAUGAAUUGGUUUUGAAAGUAAAAAAUGCAAUCAAGGAAGUUGAGGCAGGCGAUGAUGAAUACUCCCUCUUAGUUAAUUUGAAGCGACUUUAUGAACUUCAGCUGUCAAAGCCUGUUAAAAAUGACGGUUUAUUUGAGGAUAUGUACCGAAUUCUCAGUCAUCUAAGAGAGAUGGAUAAUGAGGUAAAGAGCUUUCUCCUCAUCAAUAUGCACCUUCAAGUAGCAUGGUGCCUGCAUGCAAUUGAUGGUGAAAACCCAUCUGAAACAUCUAUCGAUGAACUUUUAUCCAAGCAAAGCUCUCUUUUCGAACAACUCUAUUAUUAUUUGGUGGUUUUGCCUACUUACCAGAAAGAGGGAAGGAGCACCACUGUACUCUCUUGCAGGGUCUGCAUCAUUACUGCAGAGAUGUGGUGCUUGUUUAAGAAAUCAAAGUAUUCUUCAACAAGACUAGAAAGUUUGGGUUAUCUCCCACAAUUAGAUAUCGUUCAGAAGUUUUGGAAACUCUGUGAGCAACAGCUCAAUAUAUCAGAUGAAACAGAAGAUGAAGAUGCAAACGAAGAAUAUAUUGAAGACACAAACAGGGAUGCUGUCAUGAUUGCAGCAGCAAAGCUAGUGCUUGCUGAUACAGUAUCAAAGGGUUAUCUUGGCCCUGAGAUUGUUUCUCACUAUGUAUCUCAUGGAGCAAGUACAAUGGAGAUAAUCAAACAUCUAAUUGCCUCACUAAAGAAAAACGGAAUCUUUGACAUUGCUUCUCUGUUUUUUGAGGCAUUGAGAAGGGCGUAUGAACGGUACACAGCCCAUGUUCAGGACGAGGAAAAUGAAACCCUGAUAGGCAAGUCUUAUUCAGAAUGUCAAGAUCUUGCUAGCCGGCUUGCAGGGUCCUAUGUUGGCGCAGCCUGUAACAAAAACAAGUCUGAGAUCUUGAAGAUUAUCCGAGAUGGUGUUCAUUUUGCCUUUGCAGACCUUCCAAAGCAAUUAUCAUUCCUCGAGGCUGCUCUUGUACCAUUUGUUUCUAAACUUCCCUCGUCAGAUAUACCAGAUAUCCUGGCGGAUGUAGAGAGGAGGACUCAAGAUACCGAUAUGAAUGGAGAUCAAAGUGCUUGGCGUCCAUAUUUUACCUUUGUAGAACACCUGCGUCAGAGACAUGAGAAGAAUGAGGUUUUCCAGGAGGAAAAACCUGUAAGGCGUAGGGGCCGCCCAAGAAAGGUUAGAGAUGUACCUGGGAAGAAACUUUUUGAUGGACACAACUCUAGUGACGAAGAGUCUAUUAGUGCCUCUGACCAUCAGGGUCAUGGCGAAGAUGACACCGACAAUGACGCAGAUCAGCCCUUGAUCAACACGGUUAGGUCUUCUGCAUCUAAGCUAAGAUCACUAAAGUUGUCUCAACAGGGAACAAGCGGUCACAAAGGAGCUCCUGGGCCAUCAGGAAGCAAUAGCUGAGGGGACGCGCUAACUCAAGUUUCAUCACUUAUGACGACAUUCAGACUCGAAUCAAUCCAAGUGAUCAGGGGACCGACACUAGCCAAUUCUCAUGAGGACCGUAGACCAUGUGGGGCAGCAGUCUUCAUCUGCAGGUUAACUGCUUUUUUUUAACUGUUUAGGCGUUGUAGAUGACUGUACCUAGGUGCCCACUCCCUCUGCACACCAUGUGUUAGGUGUUCCUUCGGUUCUAUUCCUUCUCAUGUAUAUUAUCAUGCGUAAGUUAGACUGACUACGUGCUGAUUUACAAGGUUACUACUCGGUGUGCACGUAUUUUUGUGGUAUGAGCAUGACUACGUUUCAGAUGGAA